AUGGGAAAAAUUGCGAUUGCAGGUGCCAGUGGCAAACUUGGCUUCGUGACGCUCAAUGCCCUUCUGGAUCACAGCUUGGUGGCUCCAUCAGAUAUCGUAUGCACAACGUCAUCAGAUUCCGGAGCGCAAAAGUUGCAGCCAGCACAGCAGAAAGGCGUUGAAGUCAGAUCAGCCAACUGGGACGAUCAAGCAUCCUUCGUCACGGCCUUUCAAGGCUGCGAAAAGCUCUUCCUCAUAUCCUCAGCCCGAGUCGAAAUGGACUUCAACGAUGCGCCACCGGGCGAAGGGCGCGAGGCCGAUCAUUUUCGAGCCCUUGCUGCUGCAAAGGAGGCUGGUGUCAAGCAUGUCUACUACUCGAGCCUGGCGUUCGCGAAUCCCAGUCUCAGCCGGGUCAUGAAAGCCCACGAGCGAACCGAGCAGUACUUGAAGAAAAGCGGCUUCCAGUGGACGGCCAUCCGAGAAGGCCUGUACAACGAGAGCUGGCCCUUGUACUUUGGACACUACGACGUCUCGAACGAUUCCAGAAGCGAAGUUCCAGUUGGUGGAAACAGCAAGAUCAGCUGGACGAGCAUUCCGGAUCUUGGCCUUGCGACUGCUUUGGUUCUGGCGGCGCCCAGUGAGGAGUGGGCCGGCAAGACGUUCUACCUCUCACAAUCGAAGGCCCAUUCGCUGGAUGAUGUCGCCAAGAUGAUUUCGAGGGCCAAGGGCAAAGAGGUCAAGCUUAAGGUAGUGACCAGGCCUGAGCAUGAAGAGUACUACAUUAAGGACCGCAAGAUGGACGCGCCAUUCAUCAAGUGGUGGAGCAAAACGUACGAUGCUUUGAGGGAGAAUGAGUGUGAGAUCCAUGAUCCAACACUGGAGCAGCCGCUAGCAACCAAGGGCCGGAAACCGAUAUCGAUGGAGGAGACUGUCGAGGAGAUGGUGGAAGCUGAGCGAGCGGUGCGCGAUGGAGCGGUCAGUCCGUUUGCCUGA